CAGAAACAGCCCGUCUCUGUCCUUCUGUCUUUCCUGUCCAAUGUCUCACUGAGCAGGCUGAGCCACGUGCAUGUGCUAGAGCUAUAUUACUCUCUCUUUUCGUACAUUUAUUUGUGUUUCUUUGAAACACAGCGACAUCAUGGUGAAGUUAGCGAAGGCAGCUAAUAAACAAGUCACGCAGAAGAAAAAGGCACCCCCACCGCCCAAAGAAGUAGAGGAUGACUCCAGUGAGGAGGACAGCAGUGAAGAGGAGGAAGAGGCUCCACCACCAAAAGUGAAAAAGGCUACUAAAGCCCCUCCUGCCAAGGCUACACCUGCCAAGGCCACACCUGCCAAGAAUGGCAAGGCUGCUAAAAAGGCAGAAAGCAGUGAAGAUGACGACGAUGAUGAUUCAGAUUCUGAAGAGGAAACUCCCCCAUCAAAGGCCACACCAGCCAAAGCUACAGCCAAGGCGCCACCAAAAAGCCAAGAUUCUGAUGAUGACGACGACGACGAUGAUGACUCAGAAGAAGAGGCACCACCCCCCAAAAAAGUCCCCGCCAAGCCUGCCGCCAAGGCUCCUGCCGCCAAAGCUCCUGCAGCCGAAGAAUCAUCUGACGACGAUGAUGAUGACGACGAGGACUCAGAAGAAGAAAUGCCAGCUAAGGCGCCCCCCGCUGCUAAAGCUGCAGCUAAAGCUGCAGCCAAACCUGCAGCAAAAGCCAAGGCCCCAGUAGCAAAAGAGGAGUCCUCAGAAGAUGAGGAUGACGAUGAGUCUGAGGAGGAAAUGGACACAACACCAGCUCCUGCCAAGGCUAAAAAGGCAGGUAUGGUGAAGGCAAAGGAGGAGUCAGAAGAGGAAGAUGAUGACGAUGAGGAGGAAGAUGAAGAUGAGGAGGAAGAUGAUGAUGAGGAAGAAGCACCAGUGACUCCUGCAAAGAGGAAGGCAGAAGCCAAAAAGGAAACACCACCUGCCAAGAAGGCAAAAACAGACGGAGAAGGGUUUUGUCUAUUUGUAGGAAACCUUAAUGCAAAUAAAGACUUUGACGAGAUUAAGGCUUCGCUUAGGAAAUUUUUUUCAAAAAAUAACUUGGAAAUUGUUGAUGUUCGGUUAGGAGGAUCAAAGAAAUUUGGUUAUGUGGACUUCUCUUCUGAAGAGGAAUUGCAGAAGGCAAUGGAGCUCAAUGGCAAGAAGUUUAUGGGUCAGGAAAUUAAGCUAGACAGAGCCCGGAGUAAAGAGAACGCACAGGAGGGGAGGAAAGAGAGGGACACCCGCACCUUAUUUGUGAAGAACCUUUCCUUCUCUGUAACGGCUGAUGAACUUAAGGAAGUUUUUGAAGAUGCUGUAGAUGUUCGGUUACCCCUAGGGCAGAACGGUUCAAACAGAGGAAUUGCCUACAUAGAAUUCAAAUCUGAAGCUGACGCUGAGAAGAUGCUAGAGCAGGCCCAGGGAACAGAUAUACAGGGAAGGGCCAUCAUUGUUGACUUUGUUGGAGAGAAAAGCCAGCAGAAAGGAGGCAGAAUGGGAGGAGCUGCACCUGCAGCAGCCUGUAAAACGCUUGUGGUAAAUAAUCUGGCCUUCAGUGCGUCAGAGGAAACCCUGCAGUCCACAUUUGAAAAGGCAGUGUCAAUAAGAAUCCCUCAAAAUAAUGGAAGGGCUAAAGGAUUUGCCUUCAUCGAAUUCGACAGCACAGAUGAUGCCAAGGAGGCUCUUGAAAACCUGAACAACACAGAGAUUGAUGGCCGGUCGAUUAGACUAGAGUACAGCUCAAACACCAGAGGUGAUGGAGGUCGAGGGAAUUCAGGUCCAACAAAGACCCUGUUUGUAAAGGGUCUUUCAGAGGACACGACAGAUCAGUCACUCAGGGAGGCAUUUGAUGGAGCAGUUGGGGCCAGGAUAGUGACAGAUCGUGAAACAGGGGCUUCAAAAUGUUUUGGAUUUGUGGACUUUGACAACGAGAGUGACUGCAAAGCAGCGAAGGAGGCCAUGGAUGAUGGUGAGAUUGAUGGGAACAAAGUAACUCUGGACUACGCCAAGCCCAAGGGAGAGGGAGGAUUCCGCGGGGGCCGAGGGGGAGGCCGUGGUGGAGGCAGAGGAGGUUUCGGAGGCUUUGGAGGAUUCGGUGGUCGAGGCGGUGGGGGCAGGGGAGGCAGAGGCGGUUUUGGGGGACGUGGAGGAGGUCGAGGUGGACGAGGAGGAUUUGGAGGUGGAAGAGGUGGUGGUGGAUUUGCCAAACCACAGGGAAAAAAGAUAAAGUUUGAUGACUAAGGCUUUUGGUCUUUUACUUUUGAAUGGACUCUGAUUUCAUCGUUUUCAGAGCUUUUGGACAUUCCAGAAAGCAUCAUCCCAUGUUAACUUUCAAUGGGCAUUUUAGGCCUAUAUCGUACACCCCAUUUUGCCAUCCUGCUGUGCCAGUAAGGUACUUUGUCUUGUACUCAAUCUGAGUACUGAAUGUCUCUGCAGCAAACCUUCCCUAUCCACCUGUUCUUGCUCUGGAUGAAGUGUAUGGUCUGACUCAAUGGUUUGCUGUGAAAAUGCAUUUUGUCCAGUUCAUGUAAAAAAAUGUUUAUUUCAUUUUACCUUUUGUAAAUGAUACUCUUGUAUCCAUGUUUGUUUUUAUUGUUUAGUUUGCUUUAGGUGUCAAGUUUUACUUGUACUGUGUAAAGCAUAUUUUGAUAAAUAUUUGAGGCUAAGUCAGUAAUAUGCAUUAUGCUAUUCCAUCCCCGGGAAGGGAUGCAGUCAGAAUGAAUUUUUCCCACAGUAUUUGUAGUGCAUUGACUAAUUACUCCUAAUGAAAAUAAAUCCCACUAGGUGGUUUUUAAAAUGGUGGUGU